AUGACUGCUACAGAUCCGCUUCAAGGCCUUCCUGAUGACUACGUCGUCACAUCUCAAGCUUUCACCAAACAAACCUACCGAGACGUAUAUCCCGCCAUCGACCCAUCAAAUCCCGCCCUAUCACAGAAAGGCAAAGUUGUAAUAAUCACAGGUGCAAGCAAGGGCAUAGGAAGAAAGGGAUUUGCUCGUUCCUUUGCCAUCGCCGGAGCUAAAGGAAUUGUGCUUAUUGCCCGUAGUCUCAACCAGCUGCAAGAGGCAGCUGAGGAGUUGGGUAAGGAGUUUCCGAAAACCCAAUUCUUGCCUCUUGCGUGCGAUGUUCGAAGUGAAACGUCUGUCAAGGCGGUGUUUGAGCAGAUCCGAGCUGCUUUUGGAACUGCCGAUGUGCUGGUGAAUAAUGCAGGCGCCAGCGAUGGUGGCCAGCCGCUACGAUCUACCUCGGCAGCCGCCGUUUGGGAGCCUUUUGAAAUCAACUUGAAGGGUUCGCUCCUCAUGGUCCAUGAAUUUCUCAACCUUAUUGGCACCUCCAACGAGGCCACUAUUAUCAACGUCUCUUCUGCGAUGGGUUUCAUCGUCAUGCCCGGAAAGACUAGCUACUGUCUAUCAAAGCUUGCCCUGACGCAGCUAUCUCAAUUCAUUGCCAUGGAGAAUCCCAAUGUGCGAGCCGUCAGUAUUCAUCCGGGAACCAUCAUGACGGAUAUAACACCUCCUUGGCUGGCCCGGUUUUCUAGGGAUACGCCGGCACUGGCUGCUGGCUGCGCGCUUUGGCUGACGACCAAGGAAGCUUCUUUUUUGAAUGGACGAUAUGUCAGCGCCAAUUGGUCUGUUGAGGAGCUUGCGCAGCGUUCGGCAGAGAUUGUUGAAGGGAAGAAGCUGUUGGUACAGCAUACUGGAGAGCUUGCUUACUAG